UCCCGUAUUGUGUUUGUGAUGACUUAUCAUUGAAUGAAUGCAAUAUCCAUUUGUGUUCUGUUCCUGGAUUGUGAAAUUGGUUCUCGAUUAGAGAGGGUGGCUGUUAGACAUCAUCUCUGUUCAGGCUAGACCCAUAUUUAAGGAUAUACAAAUGUAUUGUGUAAUUAUUAUGUUCUAUUUUCUUUAUUGCAGUUUUCCACUUAGAGUUUGGUCCUUUCCCUUUCGCAUUUGUUCUUAGAUUUCGAAAUAUCAAACUUUUAUAACAUCACAUAUUGUAAACAAAGAUAACGGAAUGUUAAGUGCGUCCUUUUCUUACACAACGUAAAUGACCUUUCAGUUGGAGAAGUAAACUUGUAAAGUCGAAGAUAAAUCGGUCACAAUGAUAAUAUACCAUAUUUAUUGCCUGUCGUCUCAAUAAAGAUAAUUCCAUUGUGUAAACGUAAUCAGGAAGCAGUUAGUUGGUAGAGUUUUAGCUCAUAACAACUUUUAAUUCUAGAAAAUGGGGCUGGAAGGAAUUACACGCUUUGGUAUUGCAGAUUAUGUCAUAUUUGCUAUAUUUAUUAUUGCAUCGCUUGGAAUAGGAGUUUAUUAUGCUUUAAGUGGGGGUCGUCAGCAGACAACGAAGGAAUACCUUACAGCAGAUAAGCAACUGAAAAUUAUCCCUACAGCUUUGUCUUUGCUGGUCUCCUUCCAGUCAGCUAUUAUGAUCCUAGGCUACCCAGCAGAAAUGUAUAUGCGUGGAGCCCAGAUAUAUGUAGGUAAUAUCGGACUGCUCAUUGGAACCAUUCUCACAACAAGGCUCUGGGUGCCAUUGUUUUACAAACUUCAAAUCACAAGCACAUUUGAGUACUUGCAUAUGCGGUUUGACUCUGUUGCUGUUCGAAAACUUGGCUCUGUGUUUGGAAUCGUUUCAACGGUAACAUAUAUGGGAACAGCUACGUUUGCACCAUCUACAGCUCUUGAAGCAGUUACUGGUUUCCCUGUCUGGGCGUCUAUAUUGGUCACUGCGAGCGUUGGAACUAUAUACACAUCCAUAGGAGGAAUGAAGGCAGUCAUAUGGACGGAUGUUUUCCAAUCGGUCAUCAUGUUAGGUGGUAUUCUGACAAUUGUUGUCAUGGGCAUUAUCAGAAUUGGGAGUGUUUCUAAAGUAUUUGAGAUUUGCCAAGAACACAAUCGACUCAAUUUAUUCGAUUUCGAUUUGGAUCCAAGAAAAAUCAAUACAUUCUGGACUGUGACACUUGCAAAUACAAUCCUCUGGUGGAAAGUUUAUGGAACCAGUCAAGCCAGUGUUCAGAGGUUUUGCUCACUUCCCACACUAAAGAAGGCAAAUAUGGCUGUCCUGCUGGCCAUUCCAAUGCAGUUUACAUUGGUAACAUUGGUUUGUUUCACUGGCCUCGUUGUCUUUGCGUACUAUACACACAUCGGUUGUGAUCCACUUGAACAGGGCUAUAUUAGAACAGCAAAUCAGAUAUUACCAUAUUUUGUGAUGGAUACAUUCAGGAGCCUCCCAGGAUUCCCAGGACUAUUUCUUGCCACUCUCUUCAGUGGAGCACUCAGCUCCAUAUCGUCAGGUUUAAAUGCUCUUUCGGCGAUCACCUGGGAAGAUUUCCUCAAACACAGGUUAAGACAUCUAGAGGAGUCCAAGAAGGCACUGUGCACAAAGCUACUAGUUCUAAUCUAUGGAGUUUGCUCAACGGGUAUUGCUUGCUUAGCUAUUUUUAUAAAGGGACCAAUUAUCCAGGCUUCCUCAACUUUAGGCGGUGCGAUAAGUGGGAGUUCUUGCGCCAUAUUCAUACUGGCAGCAUUCACAGUGUCUUCAAACUGGAAGGGUGCGCUAGCGGGGCCAAUGGUAUCUUUCCCGAUCAUGUUGUGGGUUGCUAUUGGAGCCCAGACUAUUAAAGGCCAUAAUCAGUAUUUACCUCCUGGCCCUACAGAUCGAUGUGAUAUUUCAAAUGGAAGCAGCGUCUACAACAGUUCCGUUUAUAAAAAUGUCACUUCUUGGUAUGAUGAUACAAUAGAUUCUACAUCUAUGUUGAAUCAUUCGAGUAUUUUUGAACUUAAAGAUCAGAAAUUAAGUGGGAUCCAGCAUUUGUACAGUAUUUCUUACUUUCUCUAUACUCCUCUUGGGAUUCUAAUUGCCACAGUUGUGGGUCUUCUAGUCAGUUGGGCAACAGGUGGUGAAAAGAAGAGGCCCAUAGAUAAAUUGUACACUUUCCAACUCUGUGAUGCACUUUGCUGUUGUUGUCCCUCCAGUGUCAAAAAUACACGUUGUCGGUGUCGACGCGACAACAACCAAAGACAAGACAAUGCAAGCAUGGGAGUAGAGAGAGAUGUUUUCCGAGACACGAAGUUCCAACAUAUACAACCUACUAUCGAAGAAUCGAAAUGCUGAUGAAAAUAAAAAUAACAUACUAGAUUUUUAUGAACGCUAAAAUUAUCAACAGUGUGAAACUAAAGCUACAAAAAUGAUCUUGACUUGAUUAUUUUGGGAUCGCAAUAUCGUGAUUCAGUUUCACGCUCUGUUCAAAGUAUAUUCAUUUGUACUUUCCCUACAUAGGACUACAUUUUGUAACGGCCUGUCUUGAACAUCUUUGAUAUGGCCCUAUUAUAUCCCUUUGAAUUGCAAGUAGUUUAUAGGUGCAGCCGUGUCGAAGUAAUGCUUACCCCUACCUCUACUACCACCCUCCUUUAUUCGUUAACUGUUCUUCAUUAGAACGUGUUUUACGGUAUUAUGUACUUGUAUGUAAUUAGAUCAUACCGCUGGGUUUUAUUUGUUUAUGCCCAAUUUGCAUUAAUAAUUAAUAAUUACUAUUUUAUCAUCAAUUAAACUCAUUAUAUAACAGUCCAUUACAUAAUUGUGAGUAUGCACUUUAAUGUGUGAAUAAACUUAUGGCAAACGAAACUAAAAUCAUGUUUAAUAAUGUAAUGCAACCAGCAAGCAGAGAGCACAAAGAAACAAAGUUAAAAGAUCAUAAAAUGCGGGAACAUGAUCAACAUCGAGCAUCCUAAUUGGUUUGUAUUUUGAUGGAUGAAUAGUCUUUUCCUAAAAUCGACCAGUCUGUUUUGACUCGGCUGAUACAUGUUAAGUUGGCCCUACAUCUAUUGUUGAAAUACGAUCAUUUUGUUUUGCCCCUUGAGCCUGUUGUUGGAUUAAGCAAUUGAAUAUUCUUACUUGAUAUUCUAUUAUGAAAAUAAAUAGUAAAUGAAAAAUAAAUACGAUGAUGU